UUCAAAUUUACCGGUAAUUUCAAAUUCUGUUAUGCGCAAACAUUCAAACGGUAAAACGUGUUUUGAAGAAUUAGAUUUAUUAUUGUUCAUUAAAAAGUUGGAUGCAAACAUUCUUAUUAUAUAAUUGGAAUAAUGAAAUGGAUUCAUGAUGUAGAAAUUGAAUAUAAAACAGCGUACCGAAAUACGGACUGUGUAAUUAAUAUUUUAGAUAUUAAUGUAAAAUUCCCGUGAAAGAAGAGCUGUAUUACAUAUUCAUUUCUACAUCUAAUUUUUCAAUUAGUAACUGAAUUAAAUUACAUUCAGCGGUCGAAAACGCCUUUGUGAAAUGCUAUCGUGUUUUAAAUUUGAAGAAAGAAAAGAAAGGCAUUAAAUGCUGUAUCAAGGAACACAAAGAAAACUGGUGUUGGUUACACAUGCUUUUAGUAAGAAAACUUGUAUAAAUGGUUAUAUAAUUGCUUUUGUACGUUUAGUGUAGAAGUGUUGCUUUUUUUCUACUAAGAUAUCUCUAACUGGAUAAUUUUGAGUAAAAACGUUUGGAUAUUGCAAUUUCUUGUAUCUAUGGUGUCACCACCGACCACGCCUGGAAAAUCUCUUAAUCCCAAGUACCCCCUGUUCAACAAACUUCUGCAUGAAAGUCUGGCAGGUAGAGUACCGGCACGGAACAGCAAAUACCCCGCUUGUCCAGCAACAGCACCGGUUUUAACUCCUUCUUACGGCAUCACAUCUGAAAAGGCGGACAUGGACAAGGAAAUAGACAAUAAUAAAACAGAUAAGCACCAGAUAGAAGAAGAACCUCCUAGUGCAGAACCUCCAAUUAAACUCAUGGAUCCUCCAAAAACAAAGUUAAAACGUCAGCUUUCAAUAGAUACUGCUGAACGAACUGACGCAGAGCGUGUAAGAAAGAGAGCAGCUUUGUUAUAUCAGCCAGGCUUUAGUGACGACAGACCUUCGAGAAAGGAUGAGGUCGAUGGCGGGCGACCAUCUACCUCGACAGAAAUAAUUCACACUGAAGCAUCGAAAAGUUAUUCUUCUGGCAUAUAUGAAACUGGAAGUGCUACUAUACCUAUUACUAUUGCUACAAGCUCCAUCAGAGGACAACCUGAAUUAGUUUAUGAUACUCAAGACUUACAGGAGGAGUACACGAAGGAAUACGUACCACUGCCUAGUCCAAACCGUUUCAACCUGAGCGAUAUAGGUCUGACAUCACCUUUUGCUACCCGGACAUCCUUCGGAACACAUGAAAAAGAGGCGUUUGUCUUUCCUGAUAACGUCCCACCAAGGAAAAUAUCACCGUACAAGAAUAUACAUGAAGAGUACAGGGAAAGAGAUGUUUCUGAGCCAAGAGAAGAUUAUUCUAUGGAAAUGUUAAGCAGAUUAGCUCACGAGUCCAUCUUUAGAAAGGAAUACAAGACGGAAAAUAACCAAAGCAAAUCCCACAUUGACAUUAAAGAUGAGACGCAGUCUAAAUAUUCCAGAGGCCAUCAUACACAACACAGACCGGGACAUGUCUCAGAGAGGGGUUUCGCCUGGCCCGAAAAGGCAACAAUAACAGAACCAGUGCCGUUUAGUCCAAGAAUCGUUACCACAGAUUCUCGUCCUCGAUUUCCUACCUCUUCAACAAGCAACGACAGGGCGAAACUAGCACAGGAAGAUUUAGAGCUUAAAGAUAGAUUGCGGUUAUUAGAGAGGGAAUAUGCCAGAGCUAAAGAAAUAUACGGAUCACCACCCGUUUCCCAAGAGUUCAGACAAAUGUCUCCCACUUCAAGAAAUGUCGAAAGCCUCCGUCGCGGAGCUCUUAGAAGUAUUAGCAAUAAGGACAGAUCACCAAAUGAAAAGGAGAUCCGAGAAAUAAGUGACGACGUGCGAAGUAGAUAUGAACGUUCUUUCUCUGAUCCAAGGUUCAGCCCCCGACAGAUCUAUAGCCUUAUCAUGAGACCUAGCCCCCUGUGUAGACAAUAUGAUGAAACAAUGCAAGACACUUUGUCCCAUGACCGUUGUCCAGAUCGUUGGAGAGAUGAUGUAAAAAGAAGACUUUUUGUUAAGGGUGACUUAAGUUACAGUAAUGAAUACAGACGACAACAUUCAUCUGCGUAUCAUCAGCCGGCAACAAAUAAAUCAGCGGAGAUUCCAGAAGAGGUUCUACAGUUUCUUCAUUCGCGGAAUUUCCAUCCAGAAGAAUUAGAAAAUCUGAAAGACGUUUUACGUCGCGGUGGAUCACCAAUUGGGGAAGAAGAAGGUUCGUUUCCAAGACUGACUCAAGGACAGUUUGACACAUCAAGAGAAAUAUAUGCCAGAUAUAGACAUGAUGGGACUUCUGGAAGACGGGAUUCAAACUUUGAUGAGGACUAUGCACGAACUCUUCCGAGAGAAAGACAUUAUGGUGACAUUGAUGUCAGACUAACUUGCGAAAGUAUUAAAGAAAAGUCAAAGAAGACAGAAGAACUCUUAAACGAAUUGGAACAUGACAAUAAGGAUUGCAAAUGCGCGCAGAUAGAACAAGAAAUACGAUUAAUGGCAAUGGAUGCUUACAGUAAGAUUAGACGAGCCAACAGAAGCGCUGAAGCUCAUGACCAGUUCCAAAAUGAGCUCAAUGAAACAAAUGCAAUCGUUUAUACGUCGAUGAGAAGGCUUUGUGGUAUUAAGUGCCUCUGUAAAUAUGGGAGAACAAUAGAAGAAGUGUUUUCAGGAAGUGUAGUGUUUCGAAUCAAUUGCCCCAAUGUGGAUGCAUUGUUAGACCUUUGGCAACUUUAUAAGAGCGGGGAUCUUCUAAAACAGUUUAAAGACGCAUUUAUAAAUGAAGAUCUUUUAGAGAAAUACGAUUGUGAAGAUAUAAUUCUAAAGGUAGAAAUACGCUGGCAGGAUUAUUUGGACUGCAAGCAAGAACUUGAAACCUCUUUAGAAUCACCUAUCAUCCGGACACCAACGAAGUCUCCACUUACACCGGUACACACCAGAAGUCGUUCAGAACCAGCAUCUGUCUCAAAACAAGCCAAUCAGGUCCUCCAGCCAAAGACAACUCUGUCUCCAUUUAGAGAAAGAUUCUGCUCCGAUUCUUCGGUAGAACUGUCGCCAAGGCGAGCAUUUCAAGAACUAAAUGCUGGCAAGCAUCCAGUUCACCCGCCACCGUCACCUUCAAAGAAAUAUAUAUCAGAUAAUGUGUUCACAGAUGAAGAAUCUAGAAGUCCAUUGACGUCUCCCCGCAGGAAAACAACGUUUGUGUUCAAACCUCAGAAUGAACAGGAAAAUGUUGAAGCGGGAGAUGCAUACAUUGUUUGACAAAUGUUGUUACAGAAAUGACUUUCACUGAAAUGAAGUUAAAAACAUAUCAGUAUACUGAUGUGACAAGGUUUGAGACUUCGUCCAUCUGGAGUGGUUUUAGUUCUAGAUUUGAAACGAUCCUUUAACCGAAAUAAUUGAGUGCAUUUGUAAAAACAAACUUGAAAGAAAAUUAGUUUUAUCAAUCCAUCGCUUGAAGCAACUCGUUCACACUCUUUAGGAGAACAGUUUAUACCCUCCAAAGUAGAUAAAUAUGGGUGUUGUGAAAGUGACCAAUGGUUAAAACUUAUUGACUUAUGAAUUUUUCAAUGAAACCUGUAAAAAGAUCCUUUGGAAGCAUAGAAUGCAUCCAAGCAAAUUGAUAGCAGACUCUCUUUGACUGGGUCUGUUCAUGAGAGAUAAUAGAAAGUGAAAUACCCCUCACACACCCUAGCACAGGAUUAAGCGGAACUCUGCUACGAAUGUAUUAAAUCAACUGCUUGAUCCCAAAGGACCAGAAAAUAACACAACACUGAAUCCGAGUACGGGGAGACUUUUUUGCAGCCGCCACACAGCACUAAAUGAUUGCUGUUGUGAUAGUUAAUUAGACACUCUGAUAAAGUUCCAAAAAUAUAAGCAGACACAAGUAACACUUGGGGAAAACCAAUUUACUUUUUUACCAGUAUCUUAAACUUGUUUUCACUCACAUUAUCAUUUUUCACCGUCAUUUAUACAUUCUAUGCCAAACCUAGGAACAAUGAACAUGCUUAAAAUUUUCACCCCAACUAUGGGCGAGUAGUUUUACCAAAACCAGUGUUUUAAAAGGGGCCAAGCGUAUAAUGUUUUACAUUUAUAAUCUGCAUCCUAGUCUAGUUGUAAUAUAGUGGAUAAAAACCAAAGUCAAUUCACAAUUUACUAAUAUUCCAACGUUUCGGCUACAUCUUCAGGGAAUAAUAAUUUAGUCUAGUUGUACGCAGAUAAAACUAUGUUAUGUUAUGAACAGGGGGCAUAACAAACGAAGUUCGAAAUGUGAUCGAAAGAAAGCAUUAUAAUUUUGUUGUCGUUCCACCGAGUUUUUAAAAUCUAUUUAAAAGAUAUGUAUGUUGAUUGUCUAACUUAUUUCUAAACUGUAAUUAUUCUUGUAGUAUUUAUUGAUAGAUAUAGCCAGAUUAAAUUGACCUUACCCCGCUUCAUUUCUAUAAUGAACUUGUCCAUCCUUCAAUUUGGACAGUACCAUUAACUGUUUAAAGGGAUGUUAAAGGUCAAUUACUAAGGGAAAGUGAGUUGGCAAUUUUUUUCAUAGCCAGUGCAUAGACUUCUGCAAGACACUAAAUAAUGAAGACUGGCAGGUCAAAAUUUACAGAAGGUCUUUGGAACUCAAAGAAAUGUAUGUGUAUUAUGUUGAAAUUUCAAUGAAUCGACAGAAUGACCCCCCAGGUCUUUUUAACUUUUUUUCAUACUUCAUAGAAAAAUAAUUGUACAUAUACUGCGAUUUAUUUCGAAUUUCUACAUACCAACUUUCAUUUUCCAAUAAAAUGAAACAGUUUCUGUGCUUUUAAAAAGAAAUUAAAAUGUUCACUUUCCUUAAUAUUGGACCUUUAACUGAAAAUUUACUGACUGAAUGGCGAACAGUGCAGACCAUGAUCAGACUGCACGGAUGUGCAUGCUCAUCUAGGUCUGCACUGGUCGCAAAGGCAGAAUCACUUGCCACCAGCAGGCUAAGGGUUAAAUUGACCUUUUGGGACAAGAUGGUGCACCUGUUGUAAGAAGACUAUAUCCAUAGAAACCAUGGAAGUCCAAGAACCAAUGUGGCAAUCCUUUUGGUUGUAUUGACUAUCUUCUUUCCGCAUCCAUGCCAUUCUUCGAUACGUACAUUUUAACUUGUUCCGGAAAAUUUAAUUUUGAAUCUGACUGUAAUAUGGUAUUCUGUUCAAAUUUGUUUUGCUUUCCUCCAGUGUACAGUAGCAGUAGAUAUAGAAAGUGUUGUUUUUUUUCUUGAAGUUGGUUUUCUAAAAUAUUUAUAUGUGUUAACUUCUGUGCAGAUAGUUUAAUAAAAAACAAAAGAUUUGUUACGCUUUCUUUAAAUUUAUACAUUACAACAGCAGUAGAAACUACAUGUUUGAAUAGUUUAUGGAGUUUAAUGUUACAUUUCUUGGUUUAAAUUCUAUAUUUUCUGUUUAAUAUAGUUAUGUUUUUCUAACAUUUUGAAAUAAACUGCAUCUA